AUGGAUCUUAAUGGAUGUUUUAUGGAUGAAGAGGCAGAGCUCGUGCCUCAACAAUCUCGCGACCUAAACUAUAUAGCUUUCCAAAAUGCAAGCAAUUUUCAACACAGCACACCAAAAGAAUUUGCGAGCCGAUUUUCCUUACGACGCGACGACAUUUUGCCAGAGAGACGGCGGUUCGUGCAAAUUGCCGCUAUAGAGAACUCUUGCAAUGACAAAGUGAAAUACGACUUAAAACUUCGCACAGAAACUGUUCACUGUACAACCAAGGAUAAUGAGCCCUCUGAUGAGAGUUUUAGUCUCAGAGUAUCAACGGAAGAAAAACAAAAUAAAGUUCUCUGCACUACGACGAAAGAAUUUCGGACUCGACGAAUGAUAAUACGUCAAGGUUUAUUUAAUGAUGAAAUCCGACACAACACCCCGAAAAAACCCGAACUGAAAUCUACGACUAAAGGGGAUGCUCUGGAGGAGGACGCAAAUAUCAACCACAACACGCUUAAAGGAGUAAAUGGUACCUUAGAGGAAGAUGACGGAUGUUUGUUGUGGACUAAUUCCUCUGCAAAAGAUCUCCAGCAUGUUACAUCGGCCCCUCAGCUUCCGGGAAAUUCCGAGUUCGAAAUCAACAACUUGAAUUACGGAAUAUCACUUCCACAGCUAUCGUGGAUAUCCAGGCGUGGUUCCCUGCAACUCCAAUUCUGGCAGCGGUGCUUGGAGGUGAUGAACCGGAAGACGGAAAAGAUGCGCAAAAGGGACAAAGAAUUAAAAGACAGACUUGAGAAAGUUAGGAAACGUGCCGAAAUGCUGUCCAGAAGCACCGUGAUAACGCCUGUAAAAACCGAAUCGAGAAGUGCUACAUGUAUCAAUAGAGGUUACGAUUACAAAGCUAAGGUGGAAAGGCAAAUAGUGCGCCAUUCAAGUAAUAUAUACACCUGCUAUCUUGGAAACCUCAUCAUCAAGAGUCCCAAGCGACACUCUCAAUGUUCCUAUGUUUAA